GGGGGGGUCUUAUCGAGUCUACCAAAUGCAACGUCCGGCUUCCCCGUGACCUUUCGUCGUACACGCAGCAGCGUGCUGCUCGGGGUUUACGUGAGCGCCUUGCAGCCCCGAAGCAGAAGCCAGCACGGCGGCGUUAACAACAACAAUAAUAAUAACAACGACGACAUCGUGGACAUCUAACAACAACAAUAAUAAUAAUCGGCAGGUUUAAUCGCUUGGUUGCGAGCGGGCGUUGGACGCGGCUUGGAGCUAGCACUGCACUUGAACCCCGAUUAACGCAAGGCCCUAAUUUAUAUCGUAUUUAAGCGAUUAUUUGAACACGUUAUGACCUCAGGCUAUUGUUAUUGGGGUUCCUCGGUGUACAAUUUAAUUGUUAUUUUUUUUAAAUAACGUUAUUCUAAAGAGAUAAUCGUAAUUGAUGGUUACGAUUAUUAUACAGACGGGACUGUACUUUUUCUUAACGCGGGCUCGAUCCUUCGGCCUAAACGGAUACAGUAUAGGAUAACUUUUGAAUAUAUACAUCGUAUUAUUUAUAUUAGAACAACAGUAAUGUUUUUGCCUUGAUUACAAUUAAUGUGGCGGUACACUCCGACGUAUCGGGCACUCGCUGUUUGAUCGAAGGAUCUUGGAGAGGCUUUGUUGCUGAAGAGGCGAAGGUGGUGGUGGUGGUGGUGGAUUUGAGUUCAUCAUUACCCAUCGUCAACCACGUUUUGAGAGAUCAGUGGCCGCGCACUUGCGCCCCCCCCCCCCCCCCCCCCCAUUUCUCACCCCACACCCCCCGUGCGCUCGCCUCUCGUUGUGGACCCUGCAAACGGUGACCGCAUGGCCGAGCGGCACGCCACCCCCGUGGCCCCGGUAGACGGCGUGGCCCCCACGCGGCCGGCACCGCGCCUGGACCGGGGAGCCCCACAGCACACCAACUCCUCGCGGUGGAUGCGCAACUUCCUGGCCGGAGGCAUCGCCGGGUGCUGUGCCAAGACCACCAUCGCUCCCCUGGAUCGCGUGAAGAUUCUCCUGCAGGCCUAUAACCCCCACUACAAGCACCUCGGUGUGUUCUCUACACUGGUGGCGAUUCCCAGGAAGGAGGGAUUCCUCGGCCUCUACAAGGGUAAUGGAGCCAUGAUGGUCCGGAUUUUCCCUUAUGGGGCCAUUCAGUUCACCGCCUUCGAAAAAUACAAGAGGGUUCUGAGCAAGCAAAUGGGCAUUACGGGCCAUGUGCACAGGCUGCUGGCUGGCUCCAUGGCUGGCAUCACAGCGGUAAUCUUCACGUACCCCCUCGACAUGGUCAGGGCCCGGCUCGCGUACCAGGUGAAGGGAGAUCAUGGCUACCGGGGUAUUCUACAUGCGUUCAGCCUCAUCUAUAAGAAGGAGGGUGGCUUCCGAGGGUUUUACCAUGGACUGGUGCCAACCAUCAUCGGCAUGGCUCCUUACGCCGGCUUCUCGUUCUUCACGUUCAGCACGCUGAAGAGCGUGGGGCUCACCCGGGCGCCCGCGCUGCUCGGACGCCCGUCGGCCGACAACCCCGACGUGCUUGUGCUGCGCACGCCCAUCAACCUGCUCUUCGGCGGCACGGCGGGCGCCAUCGCACAGACCAUCUCGUACCCGCUGGACGUGGCACGCAGGCGGAUGCAGCUCGCGGGCAUCCUGCCCAACUCGGAGAACUUUGGCUCCAUGUGGCAGACUCUGACCAACGUGUACAAGCAGUACGGCGUGCGGCGCGGCCUCUACCGCGGCCUCUCGCUCAACUACGUGCGCUGCGUGCCCUCGCAAGCGGUCGCCUUCACCACCUACGAGUUCAUGCGUCAGCAGGGUUAUGGGCAAGGAACAAAGCAACGCGCUGAUUGUGUCGGGGUCAAACUCAGGGGUGAGGCUCAUGCACUCAGGGUGUCCCACGUUCGACCUUCUUAUGGCUUCACUGUCAAUCAUCGCCAUCAUUCAUGAUCAAUCCGCUGCCGGAUGAAGGGCUUCCCAAGCCAUUGGAAUCUCUUGUGGCUUUGCUGUCAGUCACCGUCAGAAAUCCAUGAUCGAUGCACUGCUGGAUGAAGGCUAUUCCAAGCCCGCGCGAUCUCGCUGUCAUUACGGGUACAAAUUGCAAAAGGUACUUAUUGGAUGUGCAUCGCGCGUCGUGUGAAACCGCCCAGCGAAGGUGUUAAAAACCGAAGAGAUCAAAGCAAUAUCAGUAAAACCAUUUAAUUAUGUCGCAUUUCACCCCACAUUCACACAAUGCGAUUUUAAUUUAAUUACUUAAUGUGGACUUGCAAACGGCAGCUUAGUAAAUGUCAUCAGUUGCUUAAUUUUUGUGAAUUUUUCCUCAAGUAUUUAGUUUUCAAAUAUUCAAAUACGAUUGAUUGCAUGCACACACACGCUUGCUGGGUACCACAGCGAGUUCUGUUUUCCCGGCCAUUGGUGAGUGGCGUCUCAGUGGCCCAGGAAUGGCCCAGGGGCAUUUCAGGAUUGGCAGCUUGGCCCGGUUCUGACUGAUGUCUCCAAUCCGAGCCCUAUGACAUCGUGCACUCGGCACCACCCCCUACAUACCCUCCGAGAUCAAAGGGAAAUAAUCGUAAAAAUGUUUCGGUUAGAUGAUGCUACGCUAAGCUCGUCUUAUUUUUUUUUAAUUUUCGUCUGUUUUUUUUACGCAGCCUCGAAGUUGAACUAAGCAAGCAACACCAUGACCACUCCUCCCGUUUCCCUGUAGGCCACAUGACAUCACGACCGAGAGAAAACGUGUACGGCAAGCUAUCCCAGAACUGAUCCCCCACUUGUACCACGUUUCAACUUCAGAUUUGGCUUCGAUUUUGGGCCGGAGUCCGAAUUAUCUUUGGGCCAAUUUCACUUCAUUGAGCUGGCCUGAAUUUGGGCCCCGAGUGGAAAUACAUCAACAAAAACAACUCUUGUGCGUUGCAGGAGGCAGGAACGUUUCAUUAUUUCAGCAACCAUGGUCCUGUGACCUUUUAUUUUCAAGUACUUCUGGGAAGGACCUGCCAAACAACUCAAGUAACUCGGAAAGUCAUGGAGACGCCACUUGUAUUAAUCAACAAGUCGUUUUUCAGCUUGAGUCGAGUCUCGAGUCGGCGGUCCGUGGAAGCUUUGUAUUUGCGGCCUGUUGAGGCUGCUAGCCCGGCUCACAAACCGAGCCGCAAAUCCUUCCCAAGGAGUCGUGAAAACCAAGCGUUAGUCCGCAGACCAGUCCAAAUAUUUCACUUGUCGCUUCCAUUUGAGGUGGUGAAACUUGAUCAGCACGAGCUUCUACAUUUGGCCCACCAGUUUUAAAUAAUUCUAAAACAAUAACUUUGGUCUCACAAAUUAAUUUAUGACAAGUGUUGCCUCGAGAUAAUAGAUUCUGCUGACUCUCUUGUUCUGUAUUCAAUAAAGUGAGUUUGGUGGAGGGAGUAGUGGUAAUUAUGGUGGGCUGUGAAGAAAUGAUGCAAUGUGUGGUCAUUGACACUUAAGUUGUACACUUCCUCAGGUACUGGAAUUUAAUUUAGGGGAGGAAUGAUUUGCACUGGGCAGUAUCGCGAGGAUGUCUCGUCUUGUUUUACUCGUUAUCAAAUGUAAAUUGUACAAAUGUAUGUGCACUGCCCUUUUAUCUACCGACUACUGAGUGAGGUCCUCCCCAUGCCACGUGGUUUGUGGGGGGUUAUUUAACCAUACGUCAUCACACUGGUCGGUGCAGGCUGCAGGAUAAGUGUAAGCUGUGUAGUGCAAUUGGAUUUGCCCUGCACACCACAGAAAAGUAAGAUUGAUAAAUUGCAAAAUUGACCGUUUGAAUUUCCUCAUACAUUUCUACUGUAACGUUCAUAUCAAAACAAUGACCCGUCGAUUCUUAAUGUUCAUGAUCAAUGCACUGAAUUGUGCAAGAAUCAAGUCUAAUUUGGGUUGAACUUUGUUUCAUUUGCGAGUGGUUGAUUCUUAUCGCUCGUGAUGCAUGCAUUUCAUUGUAUAAGAAUCAAUGGGUUUUUUUUUCCCGAAUCAGGUUGUGAAAACUCGUGUGUUGUGCGGUUGGUCAAUGUAAACUGUAUAGCCACAAGUUUUUUUACAUGCACCACAAAGGUGAAAAAAAUAUUCUUGAAUUGAAAUUCAACCCCUGGAAACUUUACAUACCUAACCAUUCAAUGUGUCCCUGAAAUUCUAUGGCAGUUUCAGAAAUGGGGUGCUCCUACAUCUAUUUUAUUAACUUGGUCGCUCUUCCUUCAACUCGGGGCACCUUAAGACUUUCCUGGAUAACCCAAGCGACGAUGUCAAAUAUAUGGAAAUCUAAUUUCCAUGUUCCAAAAUUCACCCAUUUACAGAUUGUGGUUUUUCGUGAUCAACGAUGCAGUGUAUAAUGAGGUAUCAAGUAAUUUUUAUUUUGUAAAAAAUAUUCCUUAAUCUGUAGGUGUGCAGCAUUAUAUAAGAGCUUCUCUACGGUGGCAAGAUGUUACCUUGCCUGGUAUGCAGGUCGUGGGUUCAAUCCCGACGCCUGUGUUUGGAGUUCCCUGCAGUCACGAAAGUUUAAUAUUUGGCUGCUAUACAUUUUUACAUUAAGCCACUGCCUUGUGCGAUUGAUGGUGGCCAGGUCGCCUCAAGAGCUGUGGACCUUACCUGGUAAAGUAAAAAAAAAAGUUUUAGUCUUGCCCAGCAUGUGAUGUUUCCUUGCAGCGUGGAAAUUAGUUAGAAUAGUGGCAUUACUUUGCACUGUGUUCAAUGUAUGAGCUUUGGGAGUGAUUUUUUUCCCCCUACCCAAUAUUAAGGAUGUCCUCUAAAGUUCCUUAUAUGCAGGACAGUAUAUCCACCCAUAUUAUUUCAAGGACACAAGUAGAGGAUAAGCAUUCACUUUAUAGGAAGGGUCAGAGCAGACAGGGUCCAGUUCACAAGCUCAAGUGGACCACUAUUAAAGCAAAAGAUCUCGGCACAAGGGAAAUUAAUUUACUUUGCAGGAAAUUGCCAUUCCCUGCAUUGAGCGUUUCAACUAUAAAGCCAAUGUGCAUGCGGAUUACGGCAGCGUUUCUGCAAUGCUGCAGUUUUUGCAGUCCAAUAUGCCGCAUGUGAUGUAAAUCGCCGAAGCAAAAUGAACCACGGUCACAACACGCGCAAGUGUUUCAAUUGGCGCUCUUCACAUGUGAGAAAAAUUUACACACCUAAGAUACCUGAAAACAGUUAAGGCCCACAGAACAUAGACACGCCUCUUAAUUCGUACUUCGAACAUCUAGUGGAAUGUUAUUUAGCAGUAAGACAGGUGUGGCAAAUAAUGUAGUUUGUAUUUGAAAAAGUACAUUUGGUAAACAUGAAGUGGUGGAUGGCCAUUGGUCACCAGGACUCAUUCUUACCCACCCCUACUGGACAUCUGUGAAAGAGCUUGAACGCUCAUUGCAUUUCUCCACUAUAAAUAUUCUGAAAUUAUCUGUUGAAGCUUGGAAUUGUUUGGCAGAACAAUUGAGUUUUUUUCGCAUGAACACAUUAAUCUGUUAAGUCAAAUGGAUGCAUGAUAGGUUUGUAUGCUUUGUCUUUUUAAAACCUUAAUUUGCUGUGCAUAUUUUAGUUGACAGGUCACUGGAUUGUUUUAGUUCAUUGCACAAGUCAGUUUAAUUACAUGGAGCCAACAAGAUUCAAUCACAAGCUGUCUUAAAACAAAGCAGAAACUCAGCCUUCCAUUGUGUAAAGUUAUAUUUGUUUAUUUGAUAAAAAAUAUACGAUAAAAGAUUUUUUUUUACAUUUAAAAUAACAGGUUGCACCUUUCAAGGCCCACUUUCGGGCAGUUCAUUCAAACAUCUCGACCAAAAGGGAAAUAAAAAGCGUUUCAUUUUAGGUGUCAACUUUGUACCUUGAAUUGCAAUGGACCACAAUAAUUUGGCCAAACGCAUGCACAAAUGAUGUAUCGAAAAACCCCACAUGUUGAGUACUAUUAAAUAUUUAAAUUGACAAUAUUUGAAAUUCAAGACUUAAGAGGCAGCAGCACGUGUGUGCCCACAUAGCGGCCUUUCCAGAUGAACCUUCCAGCAGCUGCGUUGUGGUCAGAUGUCGUUCAGGAACGAUUUCACCUGUUACGCGAAAAUAAGGGGGGAGAGAAUUGGAAGUUAAUUUAACAGCUAUUACCCUGUUUUACGUUAGUUUUAUUUGUACACGCGCCGGAAUUACAGUGCUCAAAUCUUAGUACGCGUAAGCCAAUCGUACAAAAUUAAAUGAUAUUCCCUGACAUUGGA